AACCCCUCUAUUUCUCUCACGCUAUCAGCCUCCUCAGUCGACAUCAUCACAAUCUUAAAAAAUGGCCGUAAUCACAUUCUCCGAUCUGCAUACCGAAUCCGGCCUCAAAUCCCUUGAAUCUUUCCUCUCCGGAAAGUCUUACAUCUCCGGGAAUGGAAUAACAAAGGAUGAUGUGAAGGUAUAUGCAGCUGUAUCUGUAAAACCUAAUGCAGAUCUAUAUCCAUCUGCCAGCAAGUGGUUUGAUUCUGUUGCUUCCAAGCUUGCUUUAAGUUUUCCUGGUAAGGCCUCCGGGGUCAAAAUUUCCGCCCAAGCUCCAUCAGCAGAAGCUGUUCCUGUCAAGGAAGCCGCAAAGGAAGAAGCUGCCAACGAUGAUGAUGACCUUGACCUCUUUGGUGACGAGACAGAGGAGGAAAAGAAGGCAGCUGAAGCACGUGAUCAAGCAAAAGCUUCAACAAAGAAGAAAGAGAGUGGUAAAUCAUCGGUUCUUAUGGACAUAAAGCCAUGGGAUGAUGAGACAGACAUGAAGAAGCUGGAGGAGGCUGUCCGCAGCGUUGAAAUAGAAGGGCUUUUGUGGGGUGCAUCAAAACUUGUUCCAGUUGGCUACGGAAUUAAGAAAAUGACAAUCAUGUUGACGAUUGUGGAUGAUCUUGUUUCGGUCGACGAUCUCAUUGAGGAUCGCCUUACAGCGGAGCCUAUUAACGAAUAUGUGCAGAGCUGUGACAUUGUUGCCUUCAACAAAAUUUAGAGGUUUAUCUAGUUCAAAAGAGAAAUUUUGCUUCGGUAGCAGUUCUUGAUCAAAUUGUUUUGGUUUUUAAAUUGUAUUUGCCAAUGAUAAACUGAUUUUCAGUGAUGAAACUGGUUUCAGCUCUGUUAGCUUUGAA